UGUCUGUCUGCCAGGGUCUCCGGCUGCCCCAGACGGGUGGUGUGGGCUUGGGAUCUUCCUGGUGACCUCUCCAGCCUAGGUCCCCUCAGCCACUCUGCCCCAAGAUGGGUCGUGGGGAUGGCCGGGAGUACUCCCCUGCCGCCACCACUGCGGAGAAUGGGGGCGGCAAGAAGAAACAGAAAGAGAAGGAGUUGGAUGAACUGAAGAAGGAGGUGGCCAUGGAUGAUCACAAGCUAUCCUUAGAUGAGCUGGGCCGCAAAUACCAAGUGGACUUGUCCAAGGGCCUCACCAACCAGCGGGCUCAAGACAUUCUGGCUCGGGAUGGGCCCAACGCCCUCACUCCACCCCCCACAACCCCCGAGUGGGUCAAGUUCUGUCGUCAGCUUUUUGGGGGCUUCUCCAUCCUACUGUGGAUUGGGGCCAUCCUUUGCUUCCUAGCCUAUGGCAUCCAGGCUGCCAUGGAGGAUGAACCAUCCAAUGACAAUCUAUAUUUGGGUGUGGUGUUGGCAGCUGUGGUCAUUGUCACCGGAUGCUUCUCCUAUUACCAGGAAGCCAAAAGCUCCAAAAUCAUGGAUUCCUUCAAGAACAUGGUGCCUCAGCAAGCCCUUGUGGUUCGGGAGGGAGAGAAGAUGCAGAUCAACGCAGAGGAGGUGGUGGUGGGCGACCUGGUGGAGGUAAAGGGUGGAGACCGUGUCCCUGCUGACCUCCGGAUCAUCUCUUCUCAUGGUUGUAAGGUGGAUAACUCAUCCCUAACAGGCGAGUCAGAGCCCCAGACUCGCUCCCCUGAGUUUACCCACGAGAACCCCCUGGAGACCCGCAAUAUCUGUUUCUUCUCUACCAACUGCGUGGAAGGCACUGCCAGGGGUGUGGUGAUUGCCACAGGUGACCGGACAGUCAUGGGCCGUAUUGCCACUCUGGCCUCAGGCCUAGAGGUUGGGCGGACACCUAUAGCCAUGGAGAUUGAACACUUUAUCCAGCUGAUCACAGGGGUGGCUGUGUUCCUGGGGGUCUCCUUCUUCGUGUUGUCCCUCAUCCUGGGCUACAGCUGGCUGGAGGCAGUCAUCUUCCUCAUUGGCAUCAUCGUGGCAAAUGUGCCUGAGGGGCUUCUAGCCACUGUGACUGUGUGCUUGACCCUGACAGCCAAGCGCAUGGCACGGAAGAACUGCCUAGUGAAGAACCUGGAGGCAGUGGAGACGCUGGGCUCCACGUCCACCAUCUGCUCGGACAAGACGGGCACCCUCACUCAGAACCGCAUGACUGUCGCUCACAUGUGGUUUGACAACCAGAUCCAUGAGGCUGACACCACUGAAGAUCAGUCUGGGGCCACUUUUGACAAACGAUCCCCAACAUGGACAGCCCUAUCUCGGAUUGCUGGUCUCUGCAACCGUGCUGUAUUCAAGGCUGGACAGGAGAACAUCUCUGUAUCUAAGAGGGACACAGCUGGUGAUGCUUCUGAGUCAGCUCUGCUCAAGUGCAUUGAGCUGUCUUGUGGCUCAGUGAGAAAGAUGAGGGACAGGAACCCCAAGGUGGCAGAGAUUCCGUUCAACUCUACCAACAAGUACCAGCUGUCCAUCCAUGAGCGAGAAGACAGUCCCCAGAGCCAUGUGCUGGUAAUGAAGGGGGCCCCAGAGCGCAUCCUGGACCGCUGCUCCACCAUCCUGGUGCAGGGCAAGGAGAUCCCUCUCGACAAGGAGAUGCAAGAUGCCUUUCAAAACGCCUACAUGGAGCUGGGAGGACUGGGGGAGCGUGUGUUAGGUUUCUGUCAUCUGAAUCUGCCUUCUGGAAAGUUUCCUCGGGGCUUCAAAUUCGACACAGAUGAACUGAACUUUCCCACGGAGAAGCUCUGCUUUGUGGGGCUCAUGUCUAUGAUUGAUCCACCCCGGGCGGCUGUGCCAGAUGCUGUGGGCAAGUGCCGAAGUGCAGGCAUCAAGGUGAUUAUGGUAACUGGUGAUCACCCUAUCACAGCCAAGGCCAUUGCCAAAGGUGUGGGCAUCAUAUCAGAGGGUAACGAGACCGUGGAGGACAUUGCAGCCCGGCUCAACAUCCCUGUGAGUCAAGUCAAUCCCAGAGAAGCCAAAGCAUGUGUGGUACAUGGCUCAGACCUGAAGGACAUGACAUCGGAGCAGCUUGACGAGAUCCUCAGAGACCACACAGAGAUCGUGUUUGCCAGGACCUCUCCCCAGCAGAAGCUCAUCAUCGUGGAGGGGUGUCAGAGGCAGGGAGCCAUUGUGGCAGUGACAGGUGACGGGGUGAACGACUCCCCAGCGCUGAAGAAAGCUGACAUCGGUAUCGCCAUGGGCAUCUCUGGCUCUGACGUCUCUAAGCAGGCAGCCGACAUGAUCCUGCUGGACGACAACUUUGCCUCCAUUGUCACAGGCGUGGAGGAGGGCCGCCUGAUUUUUGACAACCUGAAGAAGUCCAUCGCGUACACCCUGACCAGCAACAUCCCUGAGAUCACCCCCUUCCUACUGUUCAUCAUCGCCAAUAUCCCCCUCCCUCUGGGCACCGUGACCAUCCUGUGCAUUGACCUGGGCACAGAUAUGGUCCCUGCCAUCUCCUUGGCUUAUGAAGCCGCUGAGAGUGACAUCAUGAAGCGGCAACCGCGAAACCCCCAGACGGACAAGCUGGUGAAUGAGCGGCUUAUCAGCAUGGCGUAUGGACAGAUUGGGAUGAUCCAGGCACUGGGUGGCUUUUUCACCUACUUUGUGAUCCUGGCAGAGAACGGAUUCCUGCCAUCACGGCUGCUGGGAAUCCGCUUGGACUGGGAUGACCGAACCAUGAAUGACUUGGAGGAUAGCUAUGGCCAGGAAUGGACUUAUGAGCAGCGGAAGGUGGUUGAGUUCACGUGCCACACGGCCUUCUUUGCCAGCAUCGUGGUCGUGCAGUGGGCUGACCUCAUCAUCUGCAAGACCCGCCGCAACUCCGUCUUCCAGCAGGGCAUGAAGAACAAAAUCCUGAUUUUUGGGCUCCUGGAGGAGACAGCAUUGGCUGCCUUUCUGUCUUACUGCCCGGGAAUGGGGGUCGCCCUCCGCAUGUACCCUCUCAAGGUCACUUGGUGGUUCUGUGCCUUCCCCUACAGUCUCCUCAUCUUCAUCUAUGAUGAGGUCCGAAAGCUCAUCCUGCGGAGAUAUCCUGGAGGCUGGGUGGAGAAGGAGACAUACUACUAAGCCCACUGGAAGAAGAACCAUGCCCGGGAGACAUGGGGUGCUCUGGAGGUGUUGCAGAGAUGGUGAUGGGGAGGGACGGAAAAAACUGGGGUGGUAUUUUGGGGGAUUUGGGAAGAGAGAAUGAGACAACUUAAUAGCCUCAGUUGGUAGGGUAGGUAAAUAAACUUGGGGUGAUUGCUCCAUAGACCUGUGAACACGCAGAUUAGUCACUGCUUGUUAGGGUCCUCUCCCCCUAUCCUUUCUCAUCCCACUCCACCAUGUUAUCUAUUUUGUUCCAAGGAAUUGAGGGUUGCCCCAGCCUCCUAGUGUCUAAUCCCUUCAUUCCUACCUCCUACUCUAACAGAUCAACAUCCAAAGGUAGGAGUCUGUCUAAUCCUUUGGUGGAAACCCUCUCAGAUCAUCAUAUGUCCACUUAUGGCUCCAGCCUCACCAUCUGCCCACUUUUACCCCUCCUCAGCAUCCUGCCUGCCAUUCUGCUCUGCUUCCCCUCUUCCCUUGAAAUCACAAAGUCUCCUGUGAGUGCAAGGGCCUGAGGCCAUACAGGGAAGCUGGUUGGAGAGGCUGGGCCUGUCCCCCAGUCCAGAAUAGUUAGGGACCUGGGCAGGCCAGUAGGAAGCUAGGGUACUGACUGGAGGAGGAAGACAGCAAAGGAAGAGGGGCAGAAAAGGAAAACGGAGAGCACCAAUGGCAGACAUUUGGUGUGUCUUGAGUCCCAGGGAGACAGGCUCCAGGUCUGUGUCUUGCCCUUCUAGAAUACCCCACCAGCAUACCAAAUUCACAGCUCAUCAGAGUAGCAGCAGAGACAGGACCAGGUGGCAAUCUGGGGAGCUCCACAGAUGCCACACUGUGUGUCCUACUGGCUCUUGGGUAGUGGUCUUCUUGGUCCAAGAGGCCCAGAUGUCACAGAAGCUCCAGCUGUUUCAACCACACACACAUACUCACACUUGGCAAUAUCCUACCCUAAGUUUCUGGUCCCUCCAUGUGGUCUGAGACCACAGAUAGCUGCCAGUUCUCUCCCAGCCUUUCCACUCCCUGCCCCUUCAUGCCCAUCCGGAUGAACCACGUCAUCCCCAGCACUGCCAAGCCAGCCCUGGAAAAGGCAUUCCCAGACCAUUGGCUGGAAUCGGGGUGGAGAAGUUCCCAGAACAUUCCUGUCUUUCAGGGACACGCAGAAUCAGCAUAGUUCAUGACAUGGUCAAAACCUUUGGACAACAGGAGGGAAAAUAUUAAGAGACCUGCCUUUGACCUCUCAGUUGGCAGGGAUACUCCUCCCAGGCAAGUGCCCUUCACACUGAUGAUCACUGUGCCCACUUCCCCUGGAGACAGGGAGUUGGUUUCAGGUUCUUAUGGCAGAUACUUUUUUUUUUUUUUUAAACUCCCUCUCCACCUAACAUUUUUGCUCUGCAGGCAGCUCUGCCCCUUCUCUAAGCCUGGCUUAGAAGGCAUUGGGAAUGUCCUGCAUAGGGACACCUAGAUGAGCCAAGCAAAAAAGAAAGAGAGAUGCCUGCAGAAAAUGGAAAGCCUAAGGCAGAAAGGGAGGAAGCACAAAAGACAAACAUUAGGUCAGGCCUGUGAACAGUGUGCCAGUGGCUGUCAUUUCAUCACACUGGAAGUUUGUUUUAUCAGAAGCACCUUGAAAUAAGUGAGUUAUUGCCUUGGCCUUGAAAUCUGAAUGGAAAACCAUAUUUAUCUGGGUCUGAUUAAUUUGAAAUUAUUGACUGUGGACAGAAGUUUAUCUUGCACAAUCAAUAAAAGUGGCAUUUGUUUAGUAAAUUAAGAGCAUAAAUACUAUUGCUAGGAGUGGCAUAUUUAGUCUACCUAAAACAACACUUUUCAGGCACUUUAGGAACAUCCAUAUAGAAGUAGCAAAUGCAUGGGCUAAUCAUCAUCAAUCCUGACGUAUUUGUUAAAGAAACAUCUACAAGGUCUUUACUGGUGACCUUUUGUAAGACAUUAGUUUGAGGUACUAUAUAUGUACUUGAAAAUAAUAAAGUUGCAUUUCUUUAUGAACAAAAA